AUGUCCUGCAGCUAUUUUUGCUUCUUCAGUCUGUGUCUUUUCCUUCCAACCCAAAGGAGCUGCUCCAUGGGCCUCGCACCCGACCUGCGCGGCGGCACCGCGUCCCUCCCGGGAUUCGAGAACCUCACCGUGGGGUACAACAAAUACCUCAGGCCCUACUUUGGUGGGGAACCGGUUCAAAUUGCCAUGAGUCUGGAUGUUGCAAGUAUUUCUAGUAUAUCCGAGAGCGACAUGGAUUACACAGCUACUAUAUACUUGCGGCAGCGCUGGACAGACCCCCGGCUGGUCUUUCACGGCAACCAGAGCUUCACGCUAGAUGCCCGCCUAGUGGAAUUGCUCUGGGUACCAGACACCUACAUUGUGGAGUCAAAGAAGUCCUUCCUGCACGACGUCACUGUGGGGAACCGCCUCAUACGAUUGUUCUCUAACGGCACGAUCUUGUACGCCUUGAGAAUCACUACUACUGUUGCUUGUAACAUGGACCUGUCAAAAUAUCCUAUGGACACACAAACAUGCAAACUGCAGCUAGAAAGCUGGGGAUACGAUGAAAACGAUGUCAUCUUCAGCUGGCUGAGAGGAAACGACUCUGUCCGUGGCAUAGAAAAGUUGCGGCUCUCUCAGUACACGGUGGAACAUUACUACACCUUGGUCUCCAAGUCACAGCAGGAAACGGGCAGUUACCCACGACUGAUACUGCAGUUUGAGCUGAGAAGAAAUGUCCUUUACUUCAUUUUGGAGACCUAUGUGCCCUCCACGCUGCUUGUCAUGCUGUCCUGGGUUUCUUUUUGGAUCACAUUGGAUUCAGUGCCUGCAAGAACCUGCAUUGGAGUAACGACGGUGCUCUCCAUGACAACUCUGAUGAUCGGCUCACGAAGUUCACUUUCAAAAACCAACUGUUUCAUCAAGGCCAUUGAUGUUUACCUUGGCAUCUGCUUCAGCUUCAUCUUUGGUGCCCUUGUGGAAUAUGCAGUGGCUCACUACAGCUCAUCACAAAAGUGUGCAGCUAAAUCACCUCAAGAGGGGCCUGCAAAUGAACUCACUAAGGAAAUGGAAGAAGUCACUGUCACCAACAUCCUCAACAGCUCCAUUGCCAGCUAUAAAAGGAAACUCAGCUUUACAAGUGUUGAGAUUUCCAGCGAUAACAUUAACUGCAGUGACUUGACCAUGAAAACUCAUGAGAAAAUCAAACGUGUCUUGAGAAACAAAAUGCACAGGAUUAUUGGUUAUUUCACAAUUCAGAACCCCAGCAAUGUAGACCACUACUCCAAAUUGCUUUUCCCUUUGUUUUUCAUGCUGGUCAAUGUGGUUUAUUGGGCUUAUUACCUCUAUUUUUAG